CAACCAACCGCACCCGUAUAAUGAACUGCUGUUACCAACGGCUUCGUGAAUGGGUCGCGCUUGCAUUUUCACAGGUGUUCUUUUAACUUGCCGGGUGUUUAAAGAGGCAGUUUUUUGUUUCAUUAUUGAUAAUCAAGGACUGUAGUAGUGUGGCGUAGUGCUUUGGGGACAAUACCACCGCGGCCAUGGAGACAGGCCUCGGGUGUAGAAUAGAAGAAGAAAAAAAUCUGGCUGGGUUUCUAGACAGUGAGAAAUAGAUAGCGAUGGUGAAAAGACUUCGGCGUGACAUGGCCGUGCGUUUGAAGAGGAUGCCUGAUUUUUCUGGAGGCGAAGGGGAAAAGGAAGUCCCAUCCUCGACUGAUGGACAAAUUGCUGACAUCCAGGAAGUGGACAUGGCGGACGUUAAGAACAGACAAAGCAGCAUGAGAGAAACUAGGGGGAGCCACUCAGGUGCUAAGAAGGAUCAAAAGAUCAAGAAGACCAAGCCUGUUGCUCAACUCAGAUCAGAGCGUCCGGGUCUCAGACGGACCUCGCGUAAGAACGCUGCUCAGCGAUAUAAACUGGGAAAGAUCGCUGCGGCUGAGGAGAACAGGAUGAUUGGUGCUGAGUUAAGAAGUGAAAGACGACGCUCUACUGAAGGAGUAGCGAAGGUGAAAGCGCCAAGUGGGAAGAAGAGCAAGGGGGCGUCAAAGAGUUUGAAUAACUCCCCAGUGAAUGGAGUGACAGAUGAUGUUAGUUUGGAAACUGAUGUAGACAAGGAUGAAUUGGAAAGUCAACAGGUGGACAACCUGAGGGAUGUAAGCGCCGUAGACAAACCUGACCUGCCUGAGAGUAUCCAUCAAGUACCCAAUAGCCGUGGGUCCUCUGAGCUCAAGAGACCCACGGCAAUGUCAUCGUUACCUGCUGAGUCAGAUGUACAACCCUUGAAUCUGGCUGCCAGCAUUGAUUGCGGAGAUCAACGUGAGACAGGUGAUGUAACGCCGUCGUUACCGAUGGAAGAGGAUGACGGUGACUCGACGAGUAAUGACCAAGCAGCAGCGUUGUCGGUCGGCGAUUCAUCUCAUCAUGAUGCUGGCCUGGAUCCACUCGGAGGGGAGGUGAGUGGCGACUGGGGAUGUACCCCGGCCAAAUCAGAGGAAGUCAAGACUGAGUCAGUGCAGAGUGACAGCCCAAGUGGGGAGAGGAGAGAGACGACGACUGGCACCAAAGGAGGGACGGAGCCCAGCAAGAGGCCGGCCGGCUCACCCUCUGACACAUCCGUACUGGCAGAUCCAAAUUGGGUAAAGGGUAUUUACAAGCGUCGUCGCCCGAUGGAGGAGGGCAACACCUGCCUCACCUGCCCGGUCUGCUCCGAAGAAUUCCAGGAGAAACAUCACUUGACGUUACACUUCAGAGAACACAACACCACCACCAUGGACGGCAUGAUGCAUUCCUGUAAGCUGUGCGGUAAGAAACUCAGCUCCACUAGCUCCCUGGAUCGUCACAUGUUGAUUCAUUCUGGGGAGAGACCGCACAGGUGCCCUAUCUGCCCCAUGGCGUUUACAACGAAUGGGAAUAUGAGGCGGCAUAUCCGGACCCAUGAGAAAGGUGCUGCAGUAAGCACGGAAGGAGAGUACGUUACUGAGACGGCGUACAGUAAGCCGCGUAAACGAAUCCCAUCCAAACGUCUUCUUGACUCAGAUGAGCUUGACAAAGAGUCGACUUCUCCGCAAAAGCGCCUUGCCCUUGAGGAUGAAGAUAGUCCUCUCAAAUCCAGAGUCAAGGAGGAGGAAUUGACUUGCCCUAUCUGCGGUAAAGCCUUCUUGUGUCACUACGGGCUCCAGACCCACAUGGAUCUUCACCCCAAUGUCAUCAUAAAGUGCGAUAUGUGUGAGGCGACAUUCAAGAAUCACCGAGGCCUGCGUAUGCACACCCUGAUGUCUCACAAGAAACCCAGUCCUACCAAGACGACUCCUGCCCCGGAUGUACCUUUAGGCUUUCAAGAUCUCGGUAGCGUUGCAGACAUCUCGUGUGAUAAGUUCCCUCUGAUAGCUCAAGUGUGGUGCGAGCGAAAUGUACGCCGUUGUAACAGCAUCGUGCACCAGUUCAUAUGUCAGGUGUGCUCUAAGGCAUUCCCAUGCUCUAGCGCCCUCGACCUUCAUAAAAAGAAGAACCACUCCGCUAUGGAUAUGACUAUGACGAGCCAAGUGGAAGAUGUCGGCCUCAAGAAUGGUAAAGAAAACGUCCUGCUCCAAAAAGCCAAGCCUACUGAUAAAGUUAGCGCUUUUUACAGUAAACUUCCACAUACAUUCCCAUCUCAGGUACAGUUCUUGGCCACAUUGAACCUCAAACCCAGCCCGUCUCCCAUUGUGAAAAAUGCAUCAAACAAAAACAUGGCAUCGGUGCAGCAAGCAACGCCAACUAAAAGCAAAUUUCCCUUCACGGAUCAAGGAUUUGCCUCCGAUGAUGAAGUCGAAGCAGAUAGAGAUUUUGCUGACGUGGGGAAGAUAUUGACGCUGACGACAUCAGCGUCCAGUAACCCCCUCUUGAUGCUGAAGCAUCUCAGCCGAGGUGUGAAGCAGUCUCCAGUAAAAGCAUCAGCCUUAUCAUCUACCUCAACCUCCUUGGCAUCCAAACCAAAGUCCAAAGUAACCUUUGCGAGUAAACCCCCACCCGCUCACUCUCAUUUGCCGGACCAAUACAAAACCCACAUCAGACAAGCGGAUCACGAGCCCCGCUCAGGAGAUCCAGCCACAGAGAUGCACUUUCCCAUGGAAGUUGCCAGGGACGAGACCAAGGUGGAGCAUGCAGCAACAAGUACACAGGAGAAAACAUCUCAAGAUGUUGGAAGCGAAUCCGAGCCGAAUGAGGUGGAGAAAACCGAAGAGGCGGCGGGAGACUCUAAGAAUGAGAAGAAGACCGGUAAAUACGUCUGCAAACACUGUCAGGAAAACUUCCCACAGUACAGCGCUUUGAAGAUACAUCUUCGCAGCCACUUGGGGCUAACACCUUUCAAGUGUCUAUUGUGUGACUACUCCAGUGCUGAUAAGAGCACCUUAGUGAGGCAUAUGAGAACCCAUAGUGGGGAGCGCCCUUAUUCUUGCAAGAUGUGUGACUUUCCUUUCACAACGAAGGCUAACUGCGAGCGACACAUCAAGAAACGACAUGGAAAAGAGACGAAGAUAGACAUCGAGUUGAACAUUACUCACAACACAUCAGGUGGACCCCCGGGGGAGGCAUCCCCUAAUAAGUUCCGGGCUCCGGACACACUCUGCAAGCUCUGCAACCGCGAGUUCAGAUUCUUCAGAGAUUUACAAAAUCACUUGAAGGUUCAUCAACGAACUCCGAGUAAGUUCUUUUGCCUCAAAUGCCAGACGGGCUUAAGUUCCAAGAACAACUGCGCCCGUCACAUCACCAAAUGCCACCCUGAGAUCGAGAAGGACGAUCUCGAUAACUUCAUGAUGGUCAAGCAGGUCGAGACUAAGGACAUAUCUCAAACCAUGGCCAACUCAUUUGCCAGUAACGGAGAACAAUUAUCGCCAAUUGACUUCAGCAGGAAAUCUCCUCUUGCAGCUUCCGAUAGCGACCUGAGUGACCAAUCAUGGCUGAGUGCCUACACCUUGCCCAACAUGACUGACGUGGAUGCACCCAUCGACCUGAGUCUACCCAAGGAGAAAAACUCCUCCUUUCUUCCUCCAGUUGACAGCAGUCUCGGCCGACUACGGUUCAAACGGGUGUAUCACAAGUUCUACAGCAAGGUGAUCGAUGCCUUAGUGUGUCCGCACUGCAGUCGAGCAUUCAAGCGUGGUUCGGUAUUCAAAGAACACAUCCGAUCCCACAUCACAGAGCGCCCUAACCGCUGCUACUAUUGUAAAGCUGCAUUCACCAUGAAGGAUAGCCUGGAUAAACAUAUUGAACGUCGACACGGUGACGAGUCAAAGAGUGAGUCACCCGCUCAGUCCUUCAUCCCCAAAGUAGCCACCCCGAUGCAAUUUAAGCUCAUGUCUCGCUCGAGUCAAGGCCUUAGAGUUCGGAUUGCCCAUGAAUCAGUUGAGGCCACUGAUAUGUCUGUCGAGCAUUUACUUGAGAACCAAACUCUCAAGUCCCCAGGUAGUAGCUUCGGGUCGGACGCAAGCGGGGAGCUGGCUAGCGUUUCCAAGAUUCUAGCCGCGAGCAGCAACAACUUCCAGGUCUGUUUCCCACCGACUGGGGCCCAGGUAAAGCCGAAAGGAGAGAAAGAUGGUGUAAAAGAAACCGGAGACAACGAAAACAAAAAUGAGUUUGCAGUUCCAGAAAAUCCCACCAAUAAAUCUGAAGAUCAGACGGAGUGGGACACACCAGCACGAUCAGAUAUUGAGCUAUCAGAGGAGUACGAUUUAGUCAUCGAUGAAUCCAUUGCGUCAUCGUCAGAAUCUACAACUGGGCUUGAGACACAAAAGCCCAAAGAGCGGGUCACUGAACGAGACAGAUCCAACCUACCCACGAAGGAGAUGUGUCCGUACUGCAACCGUAAGUUUCCCUGGAUCAGCUCACUGCGCCGUCACAUCCUGACGCACACUGGCCUCAAACCAUUCCAGUGCCCUCAGUGUAACAGUAGCUUCUCAACGAAGUCGAAUUGCGAGAGACACAUUGUACGUAGACACUGUCUCAAUGCCAGCCCUGGUUCUAAAGCUCCAGAACUCCCCUUCACUUGCCUAGAGGGAUGCCCCGACUGUGCUUACUCCACCAAACUAAAGCUCAUCAAACACUACGAGGUCCAGCAUGUUGGAGUGCCCUUUCCCGAGUGCUACAAGAACGAAGUCAAGAAACUACCCGCAUCUGUCAUCAGAAAUGCUCUGGCGAGACGAGCAUCGAAGCUUGGAGGAACUCGCCCUUUUGGGAGCUCCGAAUUCCGCAGCCGAGUAGGGAUGUCAGGCGUAACUCUUAAGCUGACUCGACAUAAACCUCUUUUAAAGAGGAGACAUUCAUCCCAUGAUGAGAAACCGCUCUCCCUCGUUAAGAAGACGGUGACCGGUGAAGAGGGAAAACCCCUCGAUGGCUUUUCCAGGAAGAAACAUCUCUUUUCUCAUAAGGGUAAACCUUUUCCAAUCGUUUUCAAAAAGAAGAAGAGGAAGUCUCUGCCGACGAUGGUGAAUAUCAAUGGCAGCAGGCCCGGUGCAUCCAGAGUAGGCGAUCAAGUUAACAGCCAACCUGUAUUGGAUCUGUCAGUGACCAGUGAAGAUAUUAAUCUCAUCACAGAAAGUCUCGGAUACGUCACUGGUGAGGGUAGCGGGCAACCGUCACGCCGUAAGGGCAAAUCCAAACGUAAGAAUGCUCGCCACUCCUGCAGCAACUGUUGCAAACGAUUCAAAAGUGCGACCACGUUGAAACGACAUUACCGAGUCCACACUCUAGAGCACCCAUUCCGCUGUACGGAGUGCUCUGCUAGCUUCACCACAAAGUUCAACUGUCAGCGUCACAUGCUGAAACUUCACGGCAAGAGCAAAGAGGAAACUCUAAGACUCAUUGCGAAACAGAAGUCAGCGAUGUCAUCUGAGAAUGAUGGUGAAGGGAACCAAGAACUUGCAGAGUCUGGUGUCAAGGAAAAUGGUUUCAUCGAAGAUCCAGAGGUCCCUAGAGGUGUCAAGGAUGCGGACGUAGGAGGAAGCUCUAAGGGGAUGGGUGAUGAGAGCCAAGACACAGAUGAAGAUGAGAAUGAAGAUAAUAAGGAGGAUCUAGAGGAGGGUGAGGUGCGGGAUGAUGACGGUGACUCGGAAACUGAUGACUUUGGUGAAGACGGCGAGAUGGAGGUUGGUGAAACAGCCUCGGACCUUGAGGAAACCAACAUGGAAGGGAGUAACUUUGAUUCAACCUGGGAUGAAGAUUCCACCGAGGGACCGUCUGAUAAUCCGGCCAGCGAUGUUAAGAUGCCAAGAGGUCGUGGGAGAGAUGUCUUUGUUUCCGGGACGGCGGAUAAUUCAGAUAUUAUUCAGAAUCUUCUUGGGAUACAGGAUUCCUCCGUUAUUGAUCAGAUGUUGGAUUCUGCCGAUUCUGCUGCCAAGCUCCUCGGUGUUGAAUGAAGUUUCUUAACUCUUUCAGUGCCCGCUCUUUUUUGUCUUUGAACCUAAAAUGCCCAGCUUUUUAAGAUUGUUCGAAAUUUUGAAAUCAGAAAAAAGUCCUUCUCACCCCAAAAAAUGUAUCUUGCUUAUUUGAGUUGCCUUGGUACAUCCAAAAGGCAACAAUAUUUCAUGAGUGAUACUGCCCUUUCAGGAUAGCAUGUAAAUUAUGGGUCAGACAUAUACAAUUGGUAACACUUUCUUUGUUGGCCUCACAGAAAAUAGACCAUUGGCACUGAUGGGGGAAGGGGUUAAUGUAUCCCAAAAUAUUCAAAGUCUAUGUUUGAUUCAAAGUUCUUAAAUCAUUCCAAAAGCUUCGAACUGAACAAACAUGAUUAAAACUGAACAAUUUGCCCAAAAAGCAUUCAAAACAAAAAAAAUUUUAAGAAUUUUUUAAACCAAAAUUUAAUCCAAGAAAUUUGACGGCAUUUAAAAACAUAUUGAGAUGUCAAAGAAUACUGUGCAGAGAUUUUAUAUCGAUCAGAGAAGAGCGUCUCAUUUUGAUCCUUGCCAACUUCCUCAAGGACAAAAUGUUCCAGCCAAUUAUGAAAAUAAUUACAUAAUGUGUGAAGAUAUCCUUUUAUAUUUUGCUAUUUGUAACAGGUGCUAAAAAAGCAAGCAACAAUAAUAAGUUGAUUAUAUAUUUUUUAACUAUCUCACCAUUCCAUGUUUUUUUCAUUAUUAACUUGAUGUUUUAUCUAGUCUACAAAAUUGAUGAAAAAAGAGAGAUGAGAAGUCAAAGAUAUUUUUGAGAAGCUGCAUAUAAGCUGACUUUAUAAGAGCCCAUUUUCAUGGCUCUGCUUACCACCAAAUUCUGCGCUUACAAUUACCAAUCUCUGCUUACUGUGAAA